AUGAAUUCUUCAACAUCAUCCCUCUCAGCAGCAACAUCUUCCCUCUCCCCCAUCCUCCCCAUCCUCAACGCCUUCAACCACCGCCACCACAACCAACACCGCCUCGCACACUGGUGGCCCGUCUUCCGCAUCUUUCGUCGAACCGUCCGCUCCCUCAUCGACGACCUGACUUCUCGUCGGAGACAAGAUGCCUCGUCUCCUCCUCCGCGCGCAGUCUGGCUCAACAAGCACUUUAUCUCCAGAGCAUACAUAGCCUUCUCACAACUCGCCGCAGACAACCAACACGCUCCCCUCGGCCUACUCCUCCUCGCCAUCCUCGCACGCAUACAUGCCGCCCUCACACAACUUCUCGAUCAACCAAUUAUUCCUCCACCAUCCUCAACUACUCGCGCCAACGACGUAAAUCAGGAUAAAGGCGUUGCUAUAGCUCGCCAGAAACAACCCCCACCAACAGAGCGCCUAAAAACGCAAGCCGCUAUCCAACCUCCCUCAGACGAACGACAAGGUGAAAAGCUCGAUCGAGACUCGAUAAAGUCAUCCAAGUCAAAAUCAAAGGAAAUAUCAUCAAAAGAGAAAAAGAAGAAGAAGAAGGCAAAGGGAGACGCACUAUCCAGUCUGUUCGGCUCCUUGGCGUAA